UGUGGUUCUUUUUUUCACUCGUUCCGCUAGUUUCGGCCUUUCUCUUGUGACCAACAUCUGAAUUUGGUUGGUCACAAAUUCUGCUGAAUUUGAAUCAAAACUGAAUUUGAACUUCUGGGGCGCACAGAGGAGCAGAAACAUUUUAUUUCUGGAUUUAAACAUGGACCACACGUUGCUCUGUGUGCCGGGCGUAUUGUUUCUCAGUUUUCUCCUCUGCUGUGGAAAGCCUCCAGUUCAUAGGAGAUCUGGAGAUGAGAAUCUGAGGUCAACGGCUCCAAAGCCAGUCCUGACUGUGUCUCCAUCAUGGCCGAGUCCUGGAGCCUCAGUGACUCUGAGCUGUGAGGUUAAACCUCCGUCUGCAGGAUGGAGGUUCUACUGGUAUAAAGCUGUUCCUGAUCUAUCAAAGAAAAACUACAGAUACGAGGUGCUGCCUGAUGCCAUCAAUGGGCCUGCAAAUAACUCCAUCAUCAUUCGUGGACAGAAACACACAGCAGGAUUUGCAUGUAGAGCUGGAAGAGGAAACCCCGAGAAUUUGACUGAUUACAGUGAACCAAAGUUUGUCUGGUCUGCAGAUUCUCAUCCAGCAGCGUCUCUCACAGCGAGUCCUGAGAGAGAGCAACUUUUUACCAUUGAUGCAAUUAAACUGAAUUGUAAAGGAAGCUCUGCUGACUGGAGAGUGAAGAGGCUUACAGACUUAUAUUAUCAGUCAGAUCUAUCAGACUGCUCCAUCUGGGGAACAAUGACUGGAUCCUCAUGUACCUUCAUCAGUCCCCAGUACAGUAGAGGAGUGUACUGGUGUGAGUCUGGAUCAGGAGAGUUCAGUAACGCAGUCAACAUCACUGUAAACACAUUAGAGUCCAUCCUGACUGUGUCUCCAUCUUGGCCGAGUCCUGGAGCCUCAGUGAACCUGAGCUGUGAGGUUAAACCUUCAUCUGCAGGAUGGAGGUUCUACUGGUAUAAAGUUGUUCCUGAUCUACCACAGAAAAACUACAGAUAUGAGCUGCUGCCUGGUAGCAUCAGUGGGACUGUAGAGAACUCCUUCAUUGUUACUGGACAGAAACACACAGCAGGAUUUGCAUGUAGAGCUGGAAGAGGAAACUCAGGGAAUUCCACUUAUCGAAGUGAGCCAAAGUUUAUCUGGUCUGCAGAUCCUCAUCCAGCAGCUUCUCUCUCAGUGAGUCCUGACAGAGAGCAACACUUCACCUCUGAGUCUGUGACUCUGAACUGUGGAGGAAACUCUGCUGAGUGGAGAGUGAUGAUGGUUAGAGGAUUCAGUUUAUCAUCAUACCCUGGAGUAUGCUCCAGGAUAUCGAGACCUGGAUUCUCCUGUACCAUCAGCAGCCAACAGUCCGAUAAAACGGUGUACUGGUGUGAGUCUGGUUCAGGAGAGUUCAGCAACGCCGUCAACAUCACUUUUGCGUAUAGAGGUUUUCUCCUGGUGAGCCCCGUCCAUCCUGUGACUGAAGGAGCUUCUGUUACUCUGGGCUGCAGAAUCACAGGACUAAACCAACUUUCUAAUGUGUUUUUCUAUCAUAAUGACAAACUGAUCCAAAGUGACAGCAGAGGAGAGCUGAAUAUCUCUGCAGUGUCUCAGUCAGAUGAAGGUUUCUACAAGUGUAAAUACUCAGGAAGGGUUUCACCUCAGAGCUGGAUGGCAGUUAAAGCUAAACCUGCAUUAAAACCUGGAAGCUCUUCAUUUCCUGUGAUGUUGGUCGUUGGACCAGUGAUUGGAGUCGUUCUCUUAAUUCUCCUGUUGCUGCUGCGUCGGUUCAGACAGACCAAAGGUUCUGGAAGAGUGGAGACUGCCUACCAGGAUGAUCAGCAGCAGCCAUUGUACUCCUCUCUCCUGCAGGGAGACCUUGGUGUCUACGAAACAAUCAGACAGCCUGGAAACUAUGUAAAUGACGGGGAACUGAGAUGGGACAGGAAAAAAAGGUGUGAAUUUCAUCAGAGUUUUCAGAAGUCCACUGUGAGUCGGGUUCUAUUGUUUCUCAGGGAAAGUACACAGAAAACAACAAGACUCACUUUUAUUGGAAGCAGGUUAGACUCUUGCCACAUAACAUGACGACUGUCAUAUUUAUAGAACUGUUUUGUCAGAAAACAUGUUCUCUAUCCAGUUGAAAAAUGUGUGUAUAUCCCUGCAAUUAAGGAAAAUGGCGUGUGCAGGCGGCUGAACAAGCAGCUUGUGUUUGUGGUGGCAAAGAAAGGAAAUUAUUGGCCAAAACAGGAAAUGUUAGAAACAUAGUUUCCUCAAAAGAAGGAACCACAAGUGCGGAUGUUCUGUGGUUCUUUUUUUCACUCAGUUCGCAGCUUCAGCCUUUCUCUUGUGACAAACAUCUGAACUUCUGGGGCGCACAGAGGAGCAGAAACAUUUUAUUUCUGGAUUUAAACAUGGACCACACGUUGCUCUGUGUGCUGAGCGUAUUGUGUAAGUACAUUACAUUUUCUGUUUGAAUCGUGUUGGUAAAAUCAUCUUUAAAUGUUUGGACGUUAAUCGCCGUGGUCAACAGGCGUUGGUUGGUUUAGUUUCCUGCAGACUGUUUUAACAGAUACAAUUUGUAUUUAGUACCUUCACAGUUUGGGCCUGAUUAUAAAUUCCUUCAUAAUAAGUGUCUGAACAGAAUUUUAGACUUUCAGCAUAUUUAAUAUGUACAGAAAGCCAAGUCAUUGCUUCUAUAAUAAUCAAUGUUUCUGAAGACUGAAUGACGGAUUUUUGUAGGUGUUUUGAAACCAAAAAACUAUUUGAAACGACCAAAACUCAUUGCUCAGUCUUCAUUCAGAUAUAAAAUGUUUAUCAUUUGAAUGAAUUUUUUAAUGAGUCUGAUUCCACUGCCAUCUUGGCUGCAAGUUGACGAGAGGAAAUGAGAACAAACUUGACGUCGAUAUUUUUGACAUCUUCAUCAGAGGAGCUGUAAUCUGAAUGUUCAUCUACAACUUGUAGCUCUGAGACUUGGUCUCCCAAAAUAGUUUCUGCUUCCUCACCUGUUGCACAAUAAACCCUAUUAUGCAACAUAAAUUAUAAAGGUACCUUAUUAGAUACCUUUAUAAUUUAUGGAGGACAGGGAGUAUUGCAGAACUUUGUGGGCGUCCCCAUUUCUGUAAAUAAACAUUAUGAAGCUCUUAAGACACAAAGGUCAUAUAGAGGUCAACCAGGGUCUUAACUCAGAGAGGAAAGUCAACCAUGUGAUGUUGUAAACUAACAUGGUUGGUGUGUGUGUGUGUGUGUGUGUGUUUAACUCACAGUGACUGAUUACUCAGUGCAGUUUUAUUCUUCCACUGAUUCCAGAUAAAUCACUGAACAUUCAAAGACCAGCAGGUCUUCGUCUCUGUGGCAGAAACACAAUCAGAUUCCUGAAACCCUCCGUUUCAUCCACACUGCUGGAUCUGAAAUACAUGUAACAACAUAAAGUUGCAAAAUGUAUUUCAACCUUAUGACAUACCUUUCAUAGGUUAUUACGAAAUACUUGUGCAAAUGCAAAACAUUCUGUAGAAGUACUAGAUACUUCUGCAUUACAUAUUACAUGCUUCUACAUUCUGCAGAAGUAUUAUAUACUUCUGCAGAAUGUUUUGCAGAUGUAUGCAAUACAUUUUAUGUCAUACUUUACUCCGACUUUGUUGGUUUCACAUCUAACAAAAUUUCAUUUUGUGCUUUAGUUCUCAGUUUUCUCCUCUGCUGUGGAAAGCCUCCAGGUAAAAGAUCGUUCUUCUUUUGUCUUUACUCGAGCUGGGAAUCUGGGCUGGUGUUUUGGCCUGUUCCUCCUGACUCACCUGGUGUAACUGAGUCGGGUUUUGUAAGAGAUUCUGUCCUUCCACCUUUUUGUCUGUACAUAACUUGUCUAUGUGGAACCGAGAUCAGAUUUCUGUGACUUCUUUGAAAACAUUGAGUUCAAGGGAAGUCUGAGCUACAAUUCACUUUAUAAAUGACCAUCCGGGUUAUUGUCGAUUGGGAAGACAGUGAGAAAUUAAAAUAUUUAAACGACAUUCAUGCUGAAUACUCCCAGUCCACCAGUCCCCCCUGCAGUAAAACAGACAAAAUGUGAUGCUGCUACCUCUGUGCUUGACAGUUAUUUUGGUAUUUUAACAUCACUGUGGAUUAUGAAAGACUUUUAUCCUCACAAGGGCUUUUUUAAAAAUUCAUUCUAGUUUAAUUUCUGGUGAAAAUGAUCAUAGGUUUCCUAAAUAAAGCAGGAGUGUCCUGGAAAAAUAUCACUAAAAUAUAAUGAUGAUAUAAAGUUUAGCUCCCUCUUCAUGUGCUGAUGAAUGUCAGCGAUAGUCUUUAAAAAUCCAUGUUUCAUUAUAUUCUGUAAUUUUGUACAGUUUUGUGGGGAUCUGGACACGAGAAUCUGCGGUCAGCAGCAUCAAGGUCUGUACUGACUGUGUCUCCAUCAUGGCUGAGUUCUGGAGAAUCAGUGACUCUGAGCUGUGAGGUUAAAGAUUCAUCUGCAGGAUGGAGGUUCUACUGGUAUCAAGCUGUUCCUGAUCCAUCAAAGAAAAACUACAGAUAUGAUUCACUGCCAGGUAGCAUCAGUGGGACUGUAGAGAACUCCUUCAUCAUUCAUGGACAGAAACUGACAGCAGGAUUUGCAUGUAGAGCUGGAAGAGGAAACCCAGAGGAUUUGACUGAUUACAGUGAACCAAAGUUCGUCUGGUCUGCAGAUCCUCAUCCAGCAGCUUCUCUCUCAGUGAGUCCUGACAGAGAGCAACACUUUGCCUCUUUGUUUAUGUCUGUGACUCUGAACUGUGGAGGAAACUCUGCUAAGUGGAGAGUGGUGGAGUUUAGAGAAUCAGGUUCUUCUUCAUUUCUAUGCUCUACCUGGGGGACAAUGAGUGGAUCCUCAUGUACCAUUAACAGUCUCCAGUCCCAUAAAUCAGUGUACUGGUGUGAGUCUGGAUCAGGAGAGUUCAGCAAUGCAGUCAACAUCACUUUUCAAUAUGAAGAUCUUCUCCUGGUGAGCCCCGUCCAUCCUGUGACUGAAGGAGCUUCUGUUACUCUGAGCUGCAGAAUCACAGGACUAAACCAACUUUCUAAUGUGAUUUUCUAUCACAAUGACAAACUGAUCCAAAGUGACAGCAGAGCAGAGCUGAAUAUCUCUGCAGUGUCUCAGUCAGAUGAAGGUUUCUACAAGUGUGAACAUUCAGGAAAAGUUUCAACUCAGAGCUGGAUGGCAGUUAAAGCUAAACCUGCAUUAAAACCUGGAAGCUUUUCAUUUCCUGUGAUGUUGGUCGUUGGACCAGUGAUUGGAGUCGUUCUCUUAAUUCUCCUGUUGCUGCUGCGUCGGUUCAGACAGACCAAAGGUUCUGGAAGAGUGGAGACUGUCUACCAGGAUGAUCAGCAGCAGCCAUUGUACUCCUCUCUCCUGAUGGGAGACCUUGGUGUCUACGAAACAAUCAGACAGCCUGGAAACUACGUAAAUGUUUCAGGUCACGUACGACCAGAUUAUGCUAAUGUCAGCGCCAGGUCAGAUUCAACCUGAAGAUUUUGUCAAGAGGAAUGAAUCAGCAAAAUCUGGAAGUGAUCAGUGUGAACAUUUUCUAUAAAUCAGACAUGUUUUUUACAUAAUUGUGUUGACGUUAUAUUCAGAGAAAUUUGGAGCUUUGAUGCGUCUUGAAAAACUGUCCAUGCAUGUAUUUUCUCUUUAAAAGGUUUUGAGGAUUAGAUGUAGAUGAAAUGUAAGAAGAUUUUAGUUUUACACAUUUUUUAGAUUACCACAAGAUAGAUUAUGUAUAUACUGUAAAUGGUUAAUCAAAACAUCCCGCAUAACUUUAUUUUAUAAUUUUUGAAGCUAGAAUUUUGACGACUGGCUGCUAUUCAUGUUUCUUCUUGUUGAUAAUUCAUGAGUUAUUUGAAGAAUUUGCUAAAAACACAAGAAUCAAACUAGAACUGCAAGCAGUUAUAAUGGUUUCCUUGCCCAACCCACCAGCUUCCAAAAUUAUGGGCAAUUGAAAUUUGCAGCUACAUACAUAGCGAUGCUUAAUUAGGUAUUAUGUCGUAAUUGGGGAAAAUAAAUCCAAAAUCCGUCGCUAUAACUUUUUUUUUUGUUUCUUCUUAGCUUAUAUUAUUCCAAGUUUUAUUGGGCUGCGAGUUAAUCUCAGGGGGUGAGAUUGAUUUUGGUUAAUGCAUUCUUCAUGGCUCUCUGCUGGGAAAAGAAAAAAUCCACCAAACGUUUUUGCACAGUGUUCUGGUAGAACUUUGCCCAUAUCAGUUUUGCUAAAUGGUACAUGCCAUUUUCGCGUUACAAGGACAAGUGUGCAUUUUCUACCAUAGCGCCACCUACAGGUGAAAAUGCCUGAAUGUGUGCAUCUGAGUAGCGGUGUGAUGUAAUAAGUUGUGCGGGGCAGACUGCAGUAUGAGUUUCAGGGGAGAAGAACAUAUAAUAAGAAUAAUGGAAAAAUGGAGAAAAACAAGAGAGUUCCCUGCCUUGCUUUGGCCGUCCGCUCGCUCAGAACCCUAAUAAAGAGAUGUUGACUGAA